UGGGGUGUCAAUUUGUCAUGUCACCAUAAUAAUUUGAUUAUUUGUUGGCAAUCUUGGCAAUAAAACAGAAACUUUUGAAUUUCAUACACUUGUGAAAAACCCCACGAAGCUUCUUAUAGUAACAAUUGCAUGCCAAAUUGCCAGCCGAACAAUAAGUUCCUAACCUUUGAAGAAAUUGAACAAAUACAAGAUAUCAAUCGUGUAGUUGAUUUGAGCACCAAAUUUUCAACUCCUAAACACAUAAGAGAUAAACAUCAUGUUCAAAUUCCCAGAGCAUCAGAUUGCAGGCCACCUGGCCCUUGGGGGAAAAUUAGGCCCGCAGAUAGACGAAUCAGGGCGCUUUUGCAAGCCUCUCCAGGAGGAUGAACGAGGCUCUAGAGAGGUUGCUUUCUAUGAAGCACUCUAUUCUACCUCAAAAGUCAAGAAGCAAAUUCUUCGCUUCUUCCCUGUAUUUUACGGUACACAUAUUAUUGAGGCAUCUGAUGGAUCAGGACUGCAUCCUCACCUUGUUUUGCAAGAUGUUGUCUCGGAUUACAUAAAACCGUGCAUCAUGGACAUCAAAAUCGGAUCCAGAACAUGGUAUCCUCAAGCAUCAGAGGAUUAUGUUGCGAAGUGCCUCCGUAAAGAUAGAGGAACCACCAGCCUUUCUUUGGGUUUCAGGAUAUCUGGCCUGCAAAUAUACCAAGGUAAAAAAUCUGGUUAUUGGAAGCCUGACAGGAAGCAAAUUCAGAAGUUUACAGCAGAUGAUGUCAGAUCAGUUUUGAGGAAGUUUGUGUCUUCAAAUCAAUUAGGUGAUUCAGAUCACAAACCUGAUUCAACACCAGCAUGUUAUAUGUAUGGUGGUUUCUCUGGAAUUUAUCAACAAUUGCUGGAACUAAAAUCAUGGUUUGAGGAACAAACAGAUUUUCACUUUAACUCUUGCUCGAUCCUCUUAAUUUACGAUGGUGAAUCAGAAAAGAACGGUGGAAAUCCUCAGUCUACGAUUAAGCUUAUUGAUUUUGCACACGUGUUUGACGGCAACAAUGUUAUUGACCAUAACUUCUUGGGUGGUCUUUCCUCAUUAAUCAAAUUCAUUUCAGAUGCAUCUGCCACACAGCUCAGCAAACCCAAAUGGUUGGAUGCUCCGGCUGCUUAAUGAUGUACAACUUUCUCAUGCUUUUUCGACUGUCAAAACUGUGGUUCCGAUUUUAGUUCUGAACUAUCAGUUUGAUGCAAUAGUUGCUACUUUUUUGAAAGUUUCAGCUUUGGCUUGCUAUGGAGGAAAUGUUGUUCUUGGUAAUUUGCACCUUGUUUAAUCAACUAGCUGAUCACGAAGCCUCGCUCGCAUUGGCUACUAAUCCUUUUAUUUGAUCAGAAUAGUGUGUGAAGGUGUGAUUCUCUUGGAAAAACAAGUAGGUUUUAAGGAUGUCAGUAGCUGAUCAAAGCAGGUUAUAUUGAGGGGUGUCUUAUGUACUGAACUUGAUUUAUAGAGUUAGCAAAAUCAAAACAUAAUUGAGCAUUUUGUUUGACAUCAUAGGUUUAAGUUGAUAAAAAUAGAUGGUCCAACUAGAAGAUUUGUGUGCAAGUUGUCGUAGAUAUUCCUUUAUGGGCGGGGGUAAACCCAUUGCUUGGAAUCCGGGCCUGACGCGGAUCCUAUAUAGCACUGUCACUCAAUUGCACUUAUCAAGUCUUUAAUUGUUCCAUCAAUUUAAUGCUCCCACUCAAGUCACAAGCUUGCGUUACUAAGCUCAGCAAUUAGUAUUAGCCUUUUAAUGGUAUAUAAAUUAGUACAAAAUGGUGUAAUUUAAUGAUAUGGGAACCCUUUAUUUUGGAAAUUCAGGAAGAAAUUUAUCAUUAUUGAAUUUUGUUUCAUUAUUGGAACUCUUAAGAUUGUAUCCUAUAAAGCUCAUGUGGGUUUUUUUUUUUCUCCGUUUGGUACCGUUGUGGUUUUCUGUUUUUUGG